UCCAAGUUGAGGACUAGCGAAUAACAUAAUUCAGGGGUCGUUUAUAUAUGACCCGUUCAAGACGCUGAAAAUCGGAGCCAGAGGAAUCAUGCAUGGCGAUUUCGCUUCCCUUCCCUCCCUCUCCAUCUCAACAAUAGCUAGCGAGAACCCUAACCCCAAUCUCUCAAGCUGGUUCAGAAGGGGGAUCUGAACCAAAAGCAAAUUUUGGAAUGAGAAGCAAAAUUUCGAUUAAACUUUUGAAGUUGGGAUAAAAUGGAGACUGUAAGUUGAGCCACUGAUUAGCAAUCAUAUUCACAAGGAUGGGAAGGAGGUGUAGGGUUUGGUGGCCAAAGCAACUCUCAUUGAGCACACCAUCAUCCUGCUCCAAUUUCUUGCUGGGUUGGUUCAUUUCGUCGUCUUCGUCUUCUCUUGACGUUGUCGUAGCUUUUGCCUGCACUGAACAAGCGCUUUCUGAUAAAAAAUUAUGCAUUCAGGGAAUCCUUCAUGACACAAAUGGAAGGAUGCCUGUGUUGCUCCAGGAUAAGUCAAUGUUGUGUAUAGUGGGUCAAUUUUUUAAAGUUCACUCAAAAGAAGAUCAAUAUCAUUCUUCUUGUUGUGGGUGCCACACUCUCAAUGGAUCACUAGAACAAUGUAGGCAAACUUUUGUAGGAAGCAAUUAUUGGAUCCAGAUGCUAUGUGAUCCUCAAGAACAGGUUGGAACAGAAAUUAGUUGGAUUCCUAAACUGCAUCACAUCCACUGGAAUGGGCAAAUGGUGUUUCCAUGUGAUAUCCACUUAAUAUUCUACGAGACCCCAGCCUAUGGUGCUCACCAUUUCUCAUUACAUCCUUGGAAUUCAUUUGAUCAAGUGAGUGCUCCUGAGAGAAAACCCAAGUGGGUUGAUGAACUUCACCAGAAGCAGCCACUCCUUGACUUGGAUACGGUCAUUCUGGCAAUCAAUAGCUCCGCUGCCGCUGACAAAGUUUUCGAAAGAUGCAUGGGUCCCAAGAAAUCUACUGUGCGCUUUUCCACAGUUUACAUGUUUCUUGCCUUCACAUGGCAACUAUUUGCUGUGUCUGUGGCUUCAUUGUCCAUGUUAUUCUAUGUCAUUGUUCAGUUUCUCUAUAGGCUUCUGAAGUAUGCGUCAGAUUCAUGGGUAUACAUCAUAUCAGUAAAGGUAUUCAGCAGUUCAAGGAUAAAUAUCAGAAUCCGUUGUUCUCAGAUCUUGUAUUGGCCAAUCUUUCUUCAAGAUAAUGGCACAAGGUCUCUAUCAAGUGUUGAAUAUGCGGAGAAAGCUGCAUUGCAUAAGCAUUCCAUGUGGUCAAGUUUAGCUGUUGAUGUACUUCUGGGAAACUUGUUCGGUUUGGCACUGCUGUAUCAUGCAGAAUCUGCUUGCAUGUGGGUCCUGAAAUUUGCCAGUGACAUUACAAAUGAGUUAUUGCGCUCAGGUUGUGUGUGGUUAAUGGGAGUCCCCGCAGGUUUUAAGUUAAACACGGAAUUGGCAGGAGUUCUUGGGAUGAUUUCUCUAACUGCUAUCCAGAUUUGGUCUACCAUUUGGAUCUUUUUGGGGUUUCACUUCAUUUAUUUCAUUAGAGGACUUGCUAUAUCAGGAAUCAUUUUUGGGGUGACUGUACCUGCUGCUUUGAUAAAAGACUUGAUUGCACUGGCAACAUUACAUGUGUCCACUCUUCACUGGUUGAUAUCACUUUUAUAUUCGACUCAGAUACAGGCAUUGGCAGCUUUGUGGCGCCUUUUCAGGGGUCGAAAGUGGAAUCCUCUUCGUCAGAGAUUAGAUAGCUAUGACUAUACUGUCAAGCAACACAUCGUUGGAUCUCUUCUGUUCACACCACUCCUGCUUCUAUUACCGACAACUUCUGUUUUCUAUAUUUUCUUUACCAUUAUGAAUACAACCAUCAGCCUUAUCUAUAUACUGAUUGAAAUCACUAUAUCUGUUAUUCAUGCCACACCUUACAUCAAAAUUUUCCUUUGGUUGGUCAUGCCAAAAAGAUUUCCCUCUGGGAUAUGGUUUGAAAUUGUAUCUGUUUGGAGUGAUUGCAUUUAUUCACAUAAGGAUAUUAGUUCACCAGCAGAUAAAUUGCAGAGUGAAAAGGGCCUAACUGGAGAGAAAGCUUCUGUUGUGGUUUCAUUUCUUCAUAGCAACUUCUUGACUGUAGGACAAAUAGUCAUGCCUCACUACAACAAGAUUCUUUCUGGGAAACCUCGGACAUUGGUUGCUACAGCAGCUUAUGGAGUCCUUACUGGCAGACGGAUUCCAUCUACAAUUGGGACUGAUCUUCCAAUAUUUCCAUGGAUGCUAAUCUCCUACAAAGAGUAUUGGCGGCUUUGCCACGAUUCAAUUCUUGCAUGCUACAGAAGAUGACUAGAGAUUUUUAAAAUUUUUUAUAUAUGUUUUUUUUUUUUUACAACUAAUUGCAUUCUUCAUUUAACCUAGAGUUUUUUUUUUA